GCCUGCGCGCGGUGCCGCCCGCCCGUUGCUAGGCGGGGCGGAGGAAGCGGCGGCGGCACCUGGAGACCCGGCCCCCAGUGAUGCCCGUCGGCGCUGCAGGGCGAUGGUGGUCAGUGGGCCUCAGGUAACUAUGGAGAAAGAGCUUCGAAGCACCAUUCUCUUUAAUGCAUCAAAAAAAGAGAUAUUUACCACCAACAGUGGCUAUAAGUCCUUACAAAAGAGGCUUCGUAGUAACUGGAAGAUUCAGAGUUUAAAAGAUGAAAUCACAUCAGAGAAAUUGAUUGGGGUGAAAUUGUGGAUUACAGCAGGACCAAGGGAAAAAUUUACAGCUGCUGAGUUUGAAGUGCUAAAAAAAUAUCUUGAAAGUGGUGGAGAUAUCCUUGUUAUGCUAGGAGAAGGUGGUGAAUCCAGAUUUGACACCAAUAUUAACUUUCUGCUAGAAGAGUAUGGGAUCAUGGUUAACAAUGAUGCUGUGGUGAGAAAUGUAUAUUACAAAUAUUUCCAUCCUAAAGAAGCUUUGGUGUCCAAUGGGGUCUUGAACAGGGAAAUAAGCCGAGCUGCGGGAAAAGCUGUGCCUGGAAUAAUUGAUGAGGAAAGCAAUGGAAAUAAUGCCCAGGCUCUCACCUUUGUAUAUCCAUUUGGUGCCACACUGAGUGUAAUGAAACCAGCAGUAGCUGUUCUAUCAACUGGGUCUGUCUGCUUUCCCCUUAACAGACCCAUUCUGGCUUUCUACCAUUCUAAGAACCAAGGUGGAAAGUUGGCAGUGCUAGGUUCUUGCCACAUGUUUAGUGACCAGUAUUUGGAUAAAGAAGAAAACAGCAAAAUCAUGGAUGUCGUUUUUCAGUGGCUCACCACAACAGACAUCCAUUUAAACCAGAUUGAUGCAGAAGACCCAGAGAUUUCUGAUUAUACCAUGCUGCCAGACACUGCUAUGUUGUCAGAGCGACUUCGAGUAUGUCUUCAGGAAGGUGAUGAGAACCCACGGGACUUCACAACUCUCUUUGACUUAUCCAUUUACCAGCUGGAUACAACUUCCUUAUCUAAAGUUAUCAAAGCUUAUGAACAACUAAAUGUGAAACAUGAACCUCUCCAACUCAUCCAGCCUCAAUUUGAGACCCCACUACCUGCGCUUCAACCAGCGGUUUUUCCUCCCAGUUUCAGAGAAUUACCACCACCUCCUCUGGAACUCUUUGACUUGGAUGAAACUUUCUCUUCAGAAAAAGCACGGCUUGCUCAAAUUACUAAUAAGUGUACUGAAGAGGACCUGGAAUUCUAUGUCAGGAAGUGUGGUGACAUUCUUGGAGUGACUAGUAAACUACAAAAGGAACAACAAGAUGCUAAACAUGUUCUGGAGCACAUAUUCUUCCAAGUGGUGGAGUUUAAGAAACUGAAUCAGGAGCACGACGUUGAUACAAGUGAAGCUACAUUUCAUAGCAAUUACUGAGUACAGUGUCUCUUACAAGAUCAGAAGAGGGGGAGAUACUAGAACAGCUCUGGUCUGGUCUCUUACUGUAAAUGCUUUUCGAACUGUUUUUCCAUAUAUUUUGUCAAAAUUGCCUCUCCACUAUGAGCCAUGCACUUUUUUAUUGUAAAUAGGUACGAAGUUAAAGACUCUACAUAUCUUCUGUAGUGACUAGGCAGGUGCACUAUGAGGAUUGGUAACUAUCAAAAUUCAUUAUGUAAGAUAAAUGUCCCAUAUUCUUUUUUUUAUUGGAGCUAUACUUUUGUAAUAGAAAUAUUCUUACAUUAAAAUGUUCUCUUUCAAUUCCAGUCCUGUCUUUGGUCUUGUUAAAGGUGUAAUCAUCUGCUUCAGCUUUUUUGUGAUCUUUAUACAACUUUAUUUGAUGCCUAAUGAAUAAUAAAUGCUAUAGAAAAUCAGUUAAUUUGUAGAAUCUACUUAAUAUAAUGGACCAUAAACAGAAAUUAAUAGACUCAUUGAUCUGUGAAAUCCAGCCCCAUUCUAAACUCUAGUCCUGUAUCCCCAAUAGUCUUUGGGACAUCACAAAACUGGAGGUACCUUAACAUUUCUCCUAAGGUCUCUUCCUUCUCUGAAUACUUCUUAAACCUUUAAAUACCAGAUAAUAAAUAAUCAUUUGUUUUAUGUUAAUUAUUUGUGCAUAUAACUGUAAACUUUUGUUUACAGCUUUAAAAAGAUUAUAUUUAACAAGAUUGCAACACAAUUAUUUCUGUGAUCCAUUCUGAAUUUCUUUUAUGUUAAAUCGGUUAAUUAAUCAUCAGGUAUUUAUUAUGUGCUUAUUUGUGGGCUCUUAGAACUAAAAGAAAAUGAUAGUAUUUUGAUAAUGUGAUUGAUAAGCAUGGUAGGCAGUGGAGACAAAAAAAAAAAGGAAAAUGUCCCUGCACACAAGGAACUUAAGUUCUAUAGGGAGAGAUAGUAUAUAUAAGUUUAUAUAAAAAUAUGCAUAUGGCAAUUUGGGGGAGAUGUACCAGCAUCUGGGAGGAAUCAAGGUUCUGUUGCUGUCAUUGUUGCCUUUCUAUAGUUGUGGUUGGUGUCUAUAAUAUUUUGAUUCUGUUCUUUGUUGUUCAGUUGUGUCUGACUCUCAGGACCCCAUUUGGGGUUUUCUUGGUAGAGAUACUAGAGGGGUGUGCCAUUUCCUUUUUCAGCACAUUUUAUAGAUGAGGAAACUGAAGCAAA